AUGUCGACCGCAGAGGACGUCCCGCAGCCCCCAUACCCCCUGCACGAAUCCGUCCGGGACAGGCUACACCCGGAAUACGUCGCCUUCUACAACAAGUACAUUAUCAACCAGCAGCAAGUGCACUACCAGCCCGUCGCCGCAUCGCGGACCAGCGGGAUCCUGAUCCCCGGCGGCGGGCCGGUCCUCGAGGUCGGCAAGACGGAGGACAUCAGCAUCAAGAGACAAGAAACGGAGGGGCCUGAUGUUCCGGUGCGGGUGUUUACGCCCAAGGGCGACAAGCCUGAAGGCGGCUGGCCGGUGUUUCUGUACUUCCACGGCGGGGGAUGGGUGCUGGGGAAUAUCAACACCGAGAACACGGUGUGCAGCCAUGUGUGCCAGCGGGCGAAACUCGCUCCCGAACACCCCUUCCCCGCCGCCGUCCACGACAGCUGGGAAGCGCUCCUGUGGCUCAUCUCACCCGACACCGCAUCACGACUAGAAAUUAACACGACCAAACUCGCCGUCGGCGGCUCCUCAGCAGGCGGCAACCUGGCGGCCGUGAUGACACACAAAGCGCUGCAGUCGCAUAUCCGCUUCGUGAAGCAAGUCCUCGUCGUCCCCGUGACAGACAACACCGCCGACGUAAGCAACAACUGGUCAUGGCGGGAAUUCCAGCACACGCCCGCGCUCCCAGCGCCAAAGAUGCUCUGGUACCGAAACCACUUCCUACCCGACAAGAGCCAGUGGGCGAACCCAGAAGCCAGUCCAUUGCUCUACGACGAUGACUGGAGCAAACUGCCCCCCGCAACGAUCAUCGUCGGCGAGUUGGACGUCCUCCGCUCCGAAGGGGAGCAGUACGCCGAGAAGCUGCAAAAGGCCGGGGUGCCGGUCGAGCUGCACGUCAUGGAGGGCAUGCCUCAUCCGUUCCUGGCGAUGGAUGGUGUUCUAGAGGCUGGGAAGAGGGCGAUUACGUUGUUCUGUUUAUAUCAUAUAGGAUUAGGGACUUACAAUAGUGAAGAGACUCGCUUCGCUCGAUCGGUUAAAGGAAUCUAG